GGGCUCCAGGUUAGUAUUUCGCACUUAAUACCUAUAUAAUGGAAAAAGCUGCUGACUCCGGUGAGUCAGACGCUGAAGCUAAUGACGAUCAUGGCACACACCCGAGUCGCGGGUACACGCUUGACCCGGGAUUCGACGCCAACAGCGGCGAGUGCAUCGCAUACCUAGCCAUAUUAGUACACAUAGUCUGUAUUCUCUAUGCCAUUGGAUUUGUAAAGGGCGUUAAUGGCUUACAGCCCGCGUGGCUGCGUAAAAGUGCCUCUCGUUCACUCGGAUUAUAUCAGGGAUGUAAUAAACAUCCCAGGGCACAUAGUAUACUAGUUCCUCGUACCUCUAAUGCUACUCAUCGGUCCAUAUUAGACUUUCUGGGUCUCCUGAAUGCCAAAAGACGCUCUGUAACUGAAAAUUCACUUAUAUGGUCGUACCUUGAGAGCCGUCUUCGCAAUAUAGUAAUGCAGGUACCUAAUGACGAUUUGCCAAAGUUGUCUGGUAUGUUAAAAUAUAACAGUUUCGUUCACUUGAUGGACGAUAACAAUUUGAUCUCACAGAUCGAGCAAUUACUCAAACGACGCAAUGACUCCAUGUUGUUAUUUGGAGAACCAAUAGUUGUAAAGGACAACCUGGCAAUACGUGAUGUACCAUAUAGCAAUGGAUCGAAUCUGUUGCAAGGAUAUGCUCCCAGUUAUACCGCAAGGGCGGUAGAGCUUCUACAACAUCAUGGUGCCCUGUUAAUCGGCAAGACUGCAAUGGACGAAUUUGGGGUUGGAGCGUCAACUGAUGCAGCAUUGAACCCAUAUUCAAGCAAGCAUGUGGCAGGAGGGUCGUCGGGAGGUUCGGCGACCGCCGUAGCAGGCGGUAUUGUAAAUAUUGCAAUAGGUACCGAUACUGGCGGCUCAAUACGUUUGCCAGCUGCGUACUGCGGCUGUAUAGGCUACCGACCUUCAUAUGGGUUAAUUAGCAGACAAGGAUUGAGUGAGCUGGCCGGUAGAUUCGAUACCGUGGGCAUAUGCACGAGGAACGUAGAUGAUUGUAUAAAGACACUAUUGUGUAUAAUCGAUGAAAUAACGCAGGAUUGCACCGACUCGAAGGCGUCAAGCAAAGUGAUUCUUGACCUGAAGUCAAUGCUGCACAAUAAGGAUACACUAAAGCAGUUGAAAGUAGCGUCCUUGGAUACCGAGAUCCUGGUGUCCAAAGGACUCCUAGACCCCGAAAUGGCUGACAAUAUUCGCAAAGUAGAGCUUAAUUUGAGCAAGCUCGGGGUAAAUGUAGUGAAAGUACCACCACCAGAACUGGCUAAAAUAGCAAGAUCAUAUCACAUAUACGUUGCGGCACAAAUGGCAAGUAACCUGCAAAGAUUUGCCGAUAUGCAGUAUCACACGCAACAGCAACACAUGUCAACAGAGGACAUGAUGUCACAAAUGUACCCAGACACCCGUGCCAGGAUGCAAGGAGGAGUCGACAUUUUACAGCAAGGAUAUGACCACGAAAAUAUUUUUAAAGAAACCAGAGAUUACAUACAUGGAUGGAUGAAUAAACACAGCAUAUUCACAGAUUUAAGUAUAAUGCUGUCACCCACCAGCGCGCAUCAAGCACCUUUGAAACGUAAAACACAGCGAGAUUGUAUCAAAGAAGACUUGUACACUACACUGGCACCGUUCAUAGGUGCCUGCGCCAUAGCUAUACCCACCGGAAUGGGCAAAGAUGGACUACCGCUCAGUGCACAAUUCACCUCGGCACGAUUCCAGGACGCAUUGCUGCUAGAAGCGGCGCGCGCUUACCUUGACCAUGCGGGCAACUUAAUACCAACAAAUUGAUAAUGAAGUAAAGCACGAUACUGUAUCUACCCUUGCUAAG